AUGCGCUUUAAGACAAAAAUGAAUGUGGAAACUGGAGCUGAAGAUUAUCACGAGCGCUGUGUGCAGUGCUCGGAAGUGAACUGGGGCCUUACUGAUGGAGGCAGAUUUUAUUGCAGAACUUGCCACAAUGUUACAGAGAGAACCAGAGAAGUUGUCAGUAGUGCUGUUACUUCGAACACAAGAAUCCAGACCAUCUCCAAAGGUCUAAGAAAGCAGGAAAAAAAUGAUGAAGGCUGGGAAUGGUAUGUUUGUGAAGGCUUUCAGUUUGUACUCCAGAAACAAGCAGAAGCUUUGGAAGCCUUAGGAGUAUGCCCACAAAUGAAGGAUGAAAUUCUGUGCAAUUUUUGGAGGCGUUACCUUCAGAAGAGCCAACAAGCAUAUUGUGAGAGACCAGCUGGGGAAUCUAUCAAAGUGCUAUCAGGAUACGAGAGCAGUACAGACAUGGAGAGUGAGCCAGAGAGGCCUGGUCUUCUUCACUUGCUCCCUCUCUCUGAAAGUGAUGGGGAGCCACUCACUGACUGCAGCUUUGGCUCAUCCACUGGCAGAGUUUCAGAAAGCACCUCUGCCUGCUCGGGCUCGGUGGACGGUACCUUGCACGCCAGGAAGAACAAGAAGGACAAACUGAGGAUGUCGAUGCCCAUGACCCUUUCAUUUUGUUACAUGGCCUUACUCUGGCUCAGAGAAUCAAUGACAUUAUCUGAUCUCUUAAGGUUUGUUGUUGAAGGCCAUAUUCCAUAUUUGAAUGUUUUUCAAUGUUUUCCAGAGAAGAUGAAAUUAUAUGGGCUUGAUCUGAAGAUCUUUUGUGUAGAGUCAUGGCCUGUCUAUGAAGAAGUGCACGACAAAAUGGUUCACCUUGCUGCCUUCCUGGAGCUGCCUCGUUUUCCAGAUAUAACAGAGAGCUGCUUUCUUCAUCCAGACAUGUUGUGCAUGAAGUACUUGAUGGAAGCUAACUUACCGGAUGAAUUGCAUAAUUGGACUUGUCGAGUGGUGAAAAAGAUCCACGUAGGAGAAGCAGAUUUCCUGACUUUGGUUCCUGAGAAUAAGUCUAUGAGGAAAGUGAAAUAUGAUGUUCUUGCUGCAGCAGUUAUUGUAGUGGUGCUCAAAUUACUCUUCUUAUUAGAUGAUCACUACGAAUGGCUACUGUCAGACUUUGCUCAAGAAAGAAAUAAAAACAACAAAGAAGAUGGUCCAUAUUUCGAGUUCAAGAAGUGGUACAAGGUUAUAAAAAAUACUUUGGAUGUGGAACAAAAGAAAAUGGAUGAAGAAAGAGCCAAGUGUCUGUGGAGAUGUGAAAAGCCACUCUUUUAUUCAGCCAAGAAGAAGUCUAAAGUUCUUAAGCGAAGGCAAAUCGUUGUGAACUUACAGAAUCAGUUUGGCAAGCUCUCUGGUUCGUGGCAACCUGCUGAAAAGCCAAAUCCUUCCAGUUUUCAGUUCAGCUGGUCUGAGGAAAACACAGAUGGGAGUUGUUUUCAUGGACAUAGCCUGAAGGGCGUUUUGCAAGAAAAAUGUGGCCUCCUUACAGUCAUGAACCCUGACUACUGGCUCUGCACAGUCAAACUGUGUACGGAGAAGUUCUGUGGUCGUCUGGCUCAUUACAGAGAUGUGGACUUUCCCCAGAGCUACCAUUUUGUGCUAAGGUUAUUCUCCUUUCUCCUGAGGAUACAGCCCUCUUGCAUCCACGAAGAAGUGUGUGCCAUAGAACACAAGCUUUUUAAUAAAAAACUCUAUAAAAAGCCGAAACACAACCCAGGCCAAAGGAAACAGAAAGGCCUAAAAAAUGGUAGUAUUCAGACUGUGUAAAUACAGGGCUCAAUUCCAUCCCAAAUCGUGAUAUCCCAUCUGAACUUACUGCUGGUCCUCCUGCCUGCAUAGAUACAGAUAGUGUAGCAGUGCUGAGAUCUGCUACUGCACUUCAGUUGUGCUGUCAUUUAUCUGUAAUUUCAAGGCACCAGUUUCCAAAUGGGAGAGUUGCUAAGGAAACCGUUUUCCAAAACUUAUUUCCUCAUUUUGCAUCAGAGCCAACAGGAAGCCCUGAAAUUAGCAUUUCUGGCAUAAUUGUACAUACUUCGGGUGUCCCGGACAGCAGGUUAGCAUCUAAUUACGUAGCAGGAUUUUGCAAUUAAAAUGCUCUCCGUUUUGUUACCUACCGUUGUGUGACAGCAAAUACAUUUCUAGAAAGUAAUAUUUACUUUUCUUGGAAAUGCUGUGCUCCCCAAUGAAAGGAGCAGAUGGCUGAUGUUUGGCUGCGGCCAUGUGUUACGUCGCUGUUUCCAAACACUCGGCUCCGGGAAGCCCUGGCGCCGUCUGCGCGUUGCGGGCCCUGCCGUUCGGCCGUAGUCCCCACACCCGCGGCUGCCCAUGCUGCCUUUUGCAAGAUACUCUUCCUGAACUGCUUUUAAUUUCUCCUGAUAACUUCAGAAUUUAGCGUCUCCAGCAGCCUGAGCCUCAGCCCAUUCCACCAGUUUCUCAUGCUCCGUCUAUUUAUGCACUGUAUGUUUUUUAAACUAUCCCAAUUAAUGUGUAAAUGAAGUUCGGUGCUACCUACCAGUGCAUUAAAGACACCAUAACAUACACAUAUGUUGAACAGAGGUGUAGAGUAGACAUCCAGAUGAAUACUACAACUUUUGGU